UUUAAACUGGUAUAUGAUAUGAGUUUAAGUAAAUAGUCGUGAGAGUAAAUGUUUAAUACUUAAAAUUUUUAACAGCCAAAUAUUUUAUUCACUGAUACGGAUGUUACGUAAUUACAAUAGUAAAAGACAGAAGCUCGAAUCAUUCACUACUUUGCAUUUUGCAUAACUUAUAGUCACUUCUUGAAUUUUACACUUUAAAUAAUAAAUAUGUUCAAGGGUCUCGUUGGAUUAAUAACAGGAGGAGCAUCGGGGUUGGGCCGUGCGACAGCUGAACAAAUUCUAAAGCAAGGAGGAUCUGUGGUCAUUUGUGAUCUCCCCAGUAGCAAAGGUCAAGAAACUGCAAAGCAAUUAGGUCAAAAUGUGGCUUUUGUACCCGUUGACGUGACAUCAGAACAAGAUGUAAAGGGUGCCUUACAAGCUACAGUUGAUAAGUUUGGUCGCUUAGAUGUUACUGUUAACUGUGCUGGAAUUGCAACAUCAAGUAGGACUUACAAUUUUAAAAAAAAUCAACCCUUUGAUUUGAAGUUAUUUCAGAAAACUAUAGAGGUUAACAUAAUAGGAACAUUUAAUGUGAUCCGUCUAGCCGCAGGACUUAUAGGCAAGAAUGCCCCUGACUCGGAUGGACAGCGUGGGGUUAUUAUCAAUACUGCAAGUAUCGCUGCAUUUGAUGGACAGGUAGGUCAAGCUGCUUACUCAGCGUCUAAAGCCGGAGUCGUUGGAAUGACACUGCCUAUCGCUAGAGAUCUCUCCAAACAAGGCAUACGAGUGGUCACUAUAGCUCCAGGUUUAUUCCGAACACCGAUGUUAGAAUUGUUGCCUGAAAAUGCAAUUCGUAAUCUGGAAGCUUCAGUGCCGUUCCCGUCUCGUCUCGGCUACCCUCACGAGUAUGCGUUACUAGUUCAGAGCAUUAUACAGAAUCCAAUGCUUAACGGCGAGACUAUACGGUUGGAUGGCUCACUAAGAAUGCAACCCUGAGUUUUAUUCAUAGAAAUAAAUUUUUUUACUAACCAAUAUUUGGGUACAAAAUAAACUUGCAU